UUCUUUUUCUUUUUAUGUGAUAAGACAUUUAAGGCAAAUAGCGAUCGUUAUACCGUUGUUGGCCACGAAUUGGACCCACCUAUCAGGGCACGAUAUUUGAAGAUCAUUCCAGAGGAAUGGCAGACCUACAUUGCGAUGAGGCUCGAGUUUUACGGUUGCAAGUCAAACGACGGUGGCUAUUCAAAUUGGGGAGCUUGGUCCCAGUGUUCCGAAACCUGUGGAAAGGGUAGUCACACCCGCACUCGCACUUGUACCAGUCCUCCUCCGAGCGCCGGUGGAAAGGACUGCUCAAGCCUAGGAUCUGACAAAGAGACUGAAGAAUGCGAUGCUGGAGGCUGCCCAGUCAAUGGCGGCUACUCUGCUUGGACAGCAUAUGGUGAUUGUUCAAAGACUUGUGGAGGUGGGGAACAGACACGCGAGCGGACAUGCACUAAUCCCCCACCACAGUACGGUGGAAAAGACUGCAGUGGACUAGGACCAAGUUCUUCUACAAGAAGUUGUAACGAAGGGCAAUGCCCUGGUAAACCAGGUAGAAUUUAAGUUAAUCGUUAUUUACAAUGCAAAGGAAGUGUCAGUGACGUAAUGGUAAGUGCGCUCCAGCUUUCG